AUGAACAGAAUAUUUAAAUCCUUUCUAGAUCGAUUUGUGGUGGUGUUCAUUGAUGACAUUUUAAUUUAUUCAAAAGGGAAAGAAGAACAUGAGGAACAUUUACGAAGUGUACUUCAACUCUUAAGGAGGGAGAAGCUCUAUGCUAAAUUUAAGAAAUGUGAGUUUUGGUUGAAUGAGAUAUCGUUUUUGGGGCAUGUCAUAUCCGGAGAUGGGAUUUCUGUGGAUCCAGCAAAAGUGGAAGCUGUAGUGCAAUGGAACAAGCCAACUAAUGUUUCUGAGAUUCGCAGCUUUCUAGAAAUGGCAGGCUAUUACAGACGAUUUAUGGAAGGGUUUUCCUCUAUAGCUAUACCUUUGACUCGCUUAACUCAAAAAGGGAUUAAGUUUGAAUGGACUGAAGAUUGUGAACGAGGCUUUCAGGAAUUAAAGAAGCGAUUGGUUACAGCACCUAUUCUUACUAUACCUACAGGUGAUGAUGGAUUCACAAUUUAUAGUGAUGCUUCAAGGAAGUGA